AUGCUGACAGAUAGAUUGCAGAAUCUGGAGACACUUUUAAGAGAAAUGAGGGAGGAGAACGAUAGGAAGAUAAGCGAACUUAAGAACGAGUUAGCAGGUGAGAGGGCUGCAAAGGAAAAGGAGGUGGCUUCACUGACAGUGCGACUCUCGCAGGCAGAGGAAUCGCUGUCGCAUCAGAAAGAAGAAACGUCCAAGAUCUGGGAGGCGGUUUCUCAGGCCUCGUGUCAGUCGCCAACAAGUGUAAUUCCUCAGGAUGAUGCAGAAGCACGGGUUUCAAGAGAAGAGGUGGAAUCGCUUGUGUCAGCGUCGGUAGCACAGGCAGUGAAAACGUUGGUGCAGCCAAAGGAGGAAACGAAGGACUGGGAGAUGCAGUUGAAGCGGGAGCAGGAGGAGCAGGAGGAGGAGCGGAAGCGCAAGGAGAAGGCGGAGGCGCACCUGUUCACGGUCAUCAAGGUGUCGCGAGACAAGGACCUGUGGGAGCAGAUCGGCAGUGACCAAAUCUUCGAUCUUGUAGACCACGAGCACGUGACGAGUUUCCGCUUGCCAAACCAGAUGUGCUUUGCGGACUUCCAGAGGGAGGUGGAGAGGGAGGUUGGCGUUCCGGUGGCAGGCCAGCGGUUUUGGCUGUGGGGGCGUCGGCAGAACCACACGUACCGCCCCAAACGGCCCCUUAACGUUGAGGAGGAGAGAAUGACGGUACGACAGCUGAGGGACUCAGUGAGCAGGGCACACCGCACGGACCUGCGUCUGUUCCUAGAAGGCUCGCCAACCCCCCCUAACCGGCCAGUGGCUCCGCUGCAUGAGAGGGCCAAGGACGACAUUCUGCUCUUUCUCAAGUUCUACAACCCACUGACUGAGACGCUUAGGUACGUGGGUCGUCUCUUUGUGAAGCUUGGGCAGACUCCUGCCGAUGUGCGAGGGAAGAUCAACGAGAUGUGUGGUCUCUCUUUCACGGAUGACAUCCUUCUCUUUGAGGAGAUAAAGUUUGAGCCGAGUGUGAUGUGCGAGGCCAUGGACUGCACGGUCACAUUCAGAGGCGGGCAGCUGGAGGAUGGCGACAUUAUCUGCGUGCAGCGCGCCAAGCCACUCGCCCGAGAGGGUGCGGCGGCUGGGGCUGCCGGGAGUGGUGGGAGUACGGUGAGGUACCCCGACGUGCCGUCCUUCUUGGAGUAUGUGCGCAAUCGGCAGGUGGUGCACUUCAGACGCCUGGAGAAGCCCACAGAGGACUCUUUCUGCCUCGAGCUCUCCAAGGAGAACAUGUAUGACGACGUGGUGGCGAGGCUGGCAGAGGAGAUAGGCCUGGACAACCCUUCCAAGGUCCGACUCACCACGCACAACUGCUACUCGCAGAAGCCCAAGCCGCCGGCCAUCAAAUACCGAGGCGUGGACUGCCUGGCUGACAUGCUCGUGCACUACGACCAGUCGACAGACAUCCUCUAUUUCGAGACGCUCGACAUCCCGCUGCCAGAACUGCAGCAGCUCAAGACUCUCAACAUCACGUUCCACAACAGCAAGGCAGAAGAGGUGUCGGUGCACAACAUUAGGAUGCCCAAGAAAUCUACGGUGGCAGAUGUGCUUGCGGACCUAAAGACCAAGGUGGAGCUGUCACACCCCAAGGCGGAGCUACGGUUGCUGCAGGUGUUCUACAACAAGAUCUACAAGAUCUUUCCUCUUACUGAGCAGAUUGAGUACAUCAACGACCAGUACUGGGGCAUAAGGGCAGAGGAGGUGUUUAACGACGGCUCUACCUUCCACCCGUCAGUCCUGGAAAUGUCAGAGGACGAUCUGCUCGGCCACUUCGCAUCCGGUGUGGCCAACGUGGCCGCCAUCUCCCUCGGUGCCGACUACCCCACGCUCGCCGCCGUGCCGCACGUGUUUGCCAACUCGUACAAGAACGUCAUUGCUGUUGCGCUUGCUCUGGAUGAUAAUACCUUCCCCCUGGCCGACAAGGUCAAGGAGAUCCUUGCGGAUCCUUCCAAGUUCAUGGUGGCAGCGGUGGCGGCGGCGCCGGCAGCAGCAGCUGAGUCGGCCAAGGAGGAGGCCAAGCCGGCAGAGGAGGAGAAGGAGGAGUCUGACGACGACAUGGGCUUCAGCCUCUUCGACUAG